UUUUUAUUGAGCGGUCGGACAAGUCCACAAGAGCGUUGGCGAGUAUGGCGACUACGGUGUAGAAUCAAAGAGAAACAGUAGAACAAGUAAGCUUUUAUCAUCGGACUCGAAACUGCUCGUUUCUUCGGAGGGUUUCCGGUAGAUGGGUUUCUUCCCUUUUCCGACGGAUUCUACUGCUCCCCGACCACCUUCAUCGUCUUAGUUGGCCGGUAGAAAUUCUCUUUUCUCUUUCGGUACAUCUGCAUAAAUUCUGUACUUGAAGUCUUGAACACUUUUUCCCCCUUCCAGUUCCAGCUGCAGUGUGAUUUUUCAGCAGAGAGUGAGUUGAUAUCAAACUCUGGCGUAAUAGGAUACAUAAGUUGCUCUCUAGAUUACUUCAUGUCAAGAUGGAUGAUGGGCAAGAAAACAGGAGACAGAGGAUGGAUUGCUACAGAGGAGGUCACCCACAGUGGAGCAUGGUUUCUCAGCAGCAGAUGAAGGAACAGAAUGCUUUUCUUAUGAAUAUGAAGAUGCUCUUUGCUGAAAGGGAUGCUGCUAUUGAAGAGCGGGAUAGAGCACUUGCUGAAAAGAAGGCAGCAAUAGAGGAGCGGGACAUAGUUAUCCAACAGCGUGAUGCAGCGAUUGCUGAGAGAGAUAAUGCUUUAAGGGAACGGGACAAUGCAAUCGCAGCCCUCCAAUUUCAGGAAAAUAACAUGAGCGGUGCAUUAGGUUACAGAAUAAGUGGGACAACAAAGCACCCGAGCCACCUCACAACUCAUCGUGGCAAUAAUUUUCAGUCUUCUUGCAACACAAGGGAUGCGCCCGUAACAGAUGCUGUUCCCAUAUCAGCCGUUCCAUCUGAAGUUGUCAAGGCACAGCAAAGGAAACAAGCAAAAAUAAGCAGAUCCAAUUCGACAAAGUCACUGGAUUCUCCGCGGAAAACAAAAAGGGUGAGCGAGGAUUUGAAUAGGCAUGUUACAACUGAUGGCUCAAAAGCCGAAUGGGAUGCUCAGUAUCUGGGCUCCAUUAACCAGAUCAAUUUCGAUGAGUCUACCAUGCCAACACCUGUCUGCACAUGCACGGGAGUAGCCAGGCAGUGCUACAAGUGGGGAAACGGUGGAUGGCAGUCUUCUUGCUGCACCACCUCUCUGUCAGAAUACCCGCUCCCACAACUUCCACACAAGCGCCAUGGACGCAUUGCCGGGCGGAAGAUGAGCGGAAGCGUCUUUAGCAGAUUGCUUACAAGGUUGUCAUCUGGAGGCCACGAUCUAUCUACUCCACUCGAUCUCAAAAACUACUGGGCCAAGCAUGGAACAAAUCGAUACAUUACAAUCAAGUGAUACAUUAAGUAAAAUACCAGGUAGGGAUAUGUACAUUCUCCGACUUCAUACUAGGUAUAUAACUGUCUUUUAUCUUGAUUUGCUAGAAGCAAACACUUUCUAUCGCCUUCAUCGUCGUUAACUACUUUAUUUCUCUGAAAUGUCGGAUAGAGGUGUUUGUCUGUUUGAGCUUGUAAAGUAUGGAAAUAAUUAGAGUAA